AGAAAUUAUAGUCAGUAGAGGAAAUAGUGAAUUAUUUCCAUCAUUAUGGCAGCAAUUGUUUAUAGUACUAGUCCAAAUAGGGUGUCAUCAGUAAAUCAAAACCAAUAUGGUAGCUAUGGGAAUGUCAAUAAAUCAAUUCUAAGUAAUCAUCAAACACAACACCAUCAUACACUUACCAGUGCACCAUCGAUAUACCAACAAAGCAAAGAACAUCAUAAUAAUUACUUUUUGUCGCACUCUCGAAAUUAUAAGCGUAAAUCAGCCGUUGAAUUGCUAGCGGAAACUAAAUCAUAUUAUGUUAAAUCGGAAAAUGUUCUUGAUAGACACCAACAGUUGAAUAAUCGCAGCUCAACAUUAUCAUUUGCUCUCUCGCCAUCCAGAAUACCUCUGUCGCCACAUCAUUCAUAUUAUCAUCAAACAUCAACAAUGGAACGUCAUCCAAGAUCAUCUUCGAGACGAUCAGCUUCGUCAGGCUCAGACUUAUUGCAAACUAAAUUAAGGCGGUUACUUAAUACAGAAAAGGAUUUGUUGGCAUCAAGUGAUGAUAUUUUAAUUCCACCACCACCGAAAAAUUACAACGACUUUUAUCAGCAGCACCGCUCGCCGAAAAAUUAUCAAAAACAGUUGACAGUUCAUCCAUCAGAAUCACAGAGUGAUGCAAAUGUUUUCUUUCCAAGUGCAUUUCUUUCACCUCAAUCUUUGCCUCCUCAUCCAAGUGAAGAUCUUGAUGUAUUGUACUCAUAUACUAUAAAUGAUAAUGAUGAAUUUUUCGAAAGACCAAUAUCACCGCCAGAGCAAUACCAAACUAAUGCAGCACCAAAGAAGGGAAAAAUAAAAAAGGAGAAGCAGAGAUAUGAUUAUCAAAGAUCACAUUCACAGACUAUGGCUGCAAAUGAGUACGAACCGAAAGCAUCUAGGCGUAAUAUUAAGGAGUCUUAUUCAAAUUCAGCAGCUAAUAAUAUUAAUAGUCAUAAAUCAAUGCCUGAUUUACAUACACAAAUAUCAAGGCAUUCACCACACAGUGAAUAUAGUUCACGUGGAAAUCGAUCAAAUCGUUCAGGAAGUUCUGGUUUUAAUCGUGAUUCAGGUGGAAGUUCAGGUCAUUUUACUCAUCGAAGUGAACCGUGUUGCAAGCAAAUGGAGAAAAUUAUGAUAAGUCAGCAACAACAGCAUUCGAAUGUACAAAAUCAACAGCAAGACUAUAGACGUGAUUCCGGCAGUUCCACACAACAUUCUGGAAAUUCAUAUUACACUUAUCAGCAACAACAAUUUCGAUAUGAUUGCAUUGAAUGCAGAGCAAAGAUGCGAGAAAAUGAAACAAUGUUUGUUGUUCCAGAAGCUUUUCAAGAUAGUUAUCAGGAAAGUAGUGAUACGUUGAGAAAUACAUAUUAUAAUCAGCAGACUUCAACAUCUAUCGUAAGAUCCCCAUCACCAAUAUCCUCGUCACAAGAUGUUCUCUCCCCAUCAUCUCAAAAAAUGGAAUUAAGUCCACUUAGUCCGCCUUUGGGAACAUUUAAGAGACAGAAGUGUUUACGAUUUAAAAACUUUCGAUACUCAAACUCGACAAAUGUCGCACAAACUUCAACUAGUCAACCAAAUUCACUUCAGAUACAAACAGAAGAUGAUCGUAGGCCAAUAUUGAGGUCAAAGUCAGACAUUAGUGAUCGCUAUUGGAACAAAGUUCAACUGCAGCCACUUGAAAUUAGUGUUAAAUCGAGACGGGAGCGAUAUCAGCAGACGAUAAGUGAGAGUUUUGGAAGUAAUGGAAGUGCUGGAAGUAGCGGUGGGAAAUUAAGUAGAUCAGAUUCUAUGUACGAGUUAGAACAGUUCUUCGAUAAUUUAGGAUUAGAUAAUAAAGAAUUUCAGGAUACUAUUGCACGACCUCGAAGAAAGCAUCAGAGAUCUGCGUCAGCAGUUGUCCAAUCAACUUAUGAAGAUAAUGAUUCUGAUCGUUCGAGCGUUGUGUUCUUCUCAGACGCUAGUACUAUCGACUCAAAUCGUAUUAUAGCUAAUACAGCCGAUAGUGGACCAAGUACAGCACAAUCUGGACAAAAUAAUCCAAAUAUUUAUAGACCGAAUAAUGAGCCGCCAAGCAUUGUCGAAAGAAAUGCACGAAUUAUCAAAUGGCUUUGCAAUUGUAAGAAAUCUCAUUUGCUCUAAGCUCAAAUGCCAUUUUGAUAUUAAUUAUUCAAGGGAGUGCAUUAAAACAGUGUACAGCAAUAGACACUUAUUCAAAAUCUUUUCAAUACUCUUGUUCCUUUUUUUACGCAUAAUCAAAUCCUUCAACCAAAACAUCAUGUUACUUAAGUUUUAUUAUGUCAACGAAAUGUACUGUCCUUAUGUACGAACACCAAUAUUUCAGGUCCUCAUCUUAAAAUUUUUGAUCUAAGUCUUAUUUAAUCUAAAUUCAUGCAUAAUUUCAAUCCAUGAAAUUUGGAGUUAAAAUUUUAUAAAAUAUAUUGAGGAUCUGAUCAAAACUGAAUACAAAGUUGAACAAAAUCCUUAUGCGCUUUAUAAAGAAAAUAAAAACGAAAGAAUAACAUGAUAUUGUUAAGAAACAAGAAUAACUACAUAGAUCCCGAAAAUAUCCCCAAUCAACAAUGUGCGAUGCAAUUAAGAUGAGCUAAAACAUUUUUGACUAAUGAUCAGAACUCAUAAGUUUAAGCCUUUAAAAAACAACACUAAAUAGUAAUUAAUAAUUUUUGAAGUCAUAUGCACAUUACGUACUUAAAAGUAUUAAUUAAAACAUUUUGUUACUUACUGAAAAAUUUAACAAUUUGGUGCGAAUUUAGUUGACGG